UUUCCUUCGUCGUCUUCACCAGUUCAUCUCACGCGCUAGCUGCUCGAUCGACGAUCCAUCUCUCUGUGUCCACCGUCUCCAUCAACCAACGCGGCUUCGAUGCCCUCACGCAUACAUAAGCUCCCGCAGCCGUCUCCCCAUUUCGUCGCCUUGCCUCCUCUCCACCGGCUCAGUCAGCGAGACCUCAGCCUGCAGCUUGCUUCACCAUCACCCUCCCUCCAUGUCCGACCGCGUCCACCCCGUGCCGGCGCCUCCGCCUCGCCUCCCCAAUCAACCACCCGCCGACGCCGAAGCCCCCGCCGCCGGUGCCAGCGCGCCGCCCACGGAGACUGAGACCACGCCGCUGCGCGUGCACCCGUCCUUCAACCGCCCGCCGUCGCCGCCGCCCGGCACCUACAUCAUCCAGGUGCCCAAGGACCAGGUCCUCCGCGUCCCGCCCCCGGACCGCGCGCGCCGCUACAAGAAGCUCGCCGCGCGCCCGGCCCGCCGCCGCCUCCUCCGCGCCGCCUGCUGCUGCUGCUGCGCCGCGCUCCUCCUCCUGCUCCUCCUCGCCGCCGCCUUCGCCGGCGCCGUCUACCUCGUCUUCCGCCCCCGCGCGCCCACCUUCUCCGUCGCCUCCCUCUCCAUCCGCGGCCUCUCGUCGUCCUCUUCCUCCGCCGCGCUCUCCCCCGAGCUCGACGCCGCCGUGCGCGCCGACAACGGCGCCAACAGGAAGGUCGGCGUCGACUACCGCGGCGGCGGGAGCGUCGCGGUCUCCUACGCCGGCCAGCGGCUCGCCGCGGGGCCGUGGCCCGCUUUCCGGCAGCCGCCGCGGAACGUGACGGUGUUCGCGGCGGCGAUGAGGGGCCAGGGCGUGCGGCUGACGGAUGAGCAGGCGAGGCGGCUCGCCGAGGAGCGGGCCGCGGGCGCCGUGACGCUGGCGGUGGAGGCGAGGGUGCUCGUGCGGCUGCGCUUCGGCAAGGUGCUGCGGACGUGGACGGUGGACGUGAAGGCGCGGUGCGACGUCGCCGUGGACAGGCUGGAAGGGGAUGCCGCGGCGGUGAACAGGGGGUGCAGGGUCAGGGUCAGGCCGCUCUGGUGGUGGUGGUGAUCGCCGCCGCCGCCGGCGCUCCUGUCCGCCUAAUAAUUAAUAUAAACGGCUAGUGAUUAACUAGUACUAUUCUACUCCGUAUAGCAGUAACGGUGUGCUACUAUUGAAUACAGGGAUUACUAGUACAAGGUUGCCAGUGGAGUAAAUUUUUGCAAAACAAAAUUCUAGAGAAUUUUUUUGGGGUUAUGGGUGUAUGUGUACAAUAUAUAUUUGGGGAUGAUGCGAGGGAAGGCUGCCGUCAGUUAUUCAGUACAUAUAUGGAUUGCAUCAUGACCUGGUAAUGGUGAAAUUGUAGAUAACCUUUAUGUUACUGUGCAAAAGAAAAGUGGAUUAUUGGAUCACUCA